UCUUCGUAGUCAAAUUGUUCAGAAGACAGACAUGUGAUACUUUCAUUCUUGUAAUUGUUGAUUGGAACAAUAACUUUUACGCGUCUGUACACAAUAGUUGUUUGAGCAAGUUGUUUUGCGUUAAAUUGGACAAUGGUUGGUUAGUAGAGAGUGUUAAUGUGUUUUUAGAGGACAGUAUUUGUUAAUCCCUUGCGUAAUGGACAAUCAAACUAGUGACAAUAUUUUAAAGUUGUUUAUGUCGUUAAUAGUAUAAAUUAGGUUCGUAUUCGUAGUUAGUUAGUUAGUUUUUAGCCUUCGGGCUUAAGGAUCAAAAGUCGCGGACGGUCUUUCAAACAUUUGGUAGCAGAGGGUAGUUUUGCCGUGGACAAACUUGGACAGAGGAAGGCCAAUUGACGAGAAGCAUGACUUCAAACGCAGGUGAAGAAGGAAGGACAGAAGAUGGAAUCGGAAGAGGGGAAGACGUGGAAGAUUUGGAAGAAAAAUUGGAAAGCUUGAAGCAAGAAAAAGCAAAAGCAAAGUCGGCGUUCACACGUGCAAGAAAGCAGUUGUUGGAACUGGUGGAAGAAAUGGAUCUACCAAACAGACAUCAGGUUCGAGAUGGGCAAACGAAAUUGGACAGCACACAAGAAAGGGCACUGAAGAUCAUGAUCGCACUGUCAGAGCACUAUCAAUGGCAGAAGAACGGAACAGCAAGACAAAAAGUUACUCAGGAAAUGGAGCAAUUGGUGCAAGAAUUCGAAGAGACCCACAACAGAGUACAGGAGUAUCUGGAUGAACGAAGAGAUUCAGAAUCAAGUAAGACAGCGGGAUCUUACAACCCACGAGAGGAUCGAAAGGAAGCGAAAUUUGAUUCUUCUCAAUUUCACAACAAUUCUGAGCGACAAGAGCUUCAGCACAAGUCAACCAAUGUCGGUGUUGGCGCGAAAAGAAGUCAGUUUCCAAUGACCCCGGAGGAACAUUCACAGCAACUGCAACAGUCAGUCAGAUUUGGUGGUGAUCACAGACGAUCUGAGCGAUAUUCACACGAAGAGUCACUUGGUCAGGACAUGUGGCGACAGCUGCAGCGUGUUGCGAUUCCCGUUUUCUCUGGUGACAAGCGAAAGUAUGAGAACUGGAAAGCUGCAUUUCUGGCUUGCAUUGACAGAGCUCCUGCGACUCCUGAAUACAAGCUGCUGCAGUUGAGGCAAUAUCUAUCUGGCGUUGCACUGGAAGCGAUCGAGAAUCUUGGCUUUUCUGGAGCUGCAUAUGAAGCUGCAAAGGACAGGUUAGAGCGAAAAUUUGGUGGCAAGAGGAGGGAAAUCGCAAUUCACUUGGAGGACAUGGAUAAUUUCAAACCAGUGAGAGAUGGAUGUUCAAAAGACAUAGAGAAGUUUGCAGAUCUACUUGAUGUUCUGGUGGUGAAUCUACUGGAGAGUGGACGUCACGAUGAAUUGGGAAAUGGAUCUCUCUACAUCAAAAUGUGCUCGUGAUCAGAAUGUUUCAUUGGCAAUAAUUCUGUCUCUAAUCGAAAAGAGAAUAUUGUCUCUAAUUCCUUAACAACAUAAUUCAUUAUCAAUUAAAUAUGCUGGGUUACAUUUUCCUGAAAUGGUUGAUUAACUGAUCCAAAUCAAGUAUCUCUGCUCGUUUUGCAUGAAUUACAAGCAGGGCCACGGAUAGGUUUCAAAGGCCCUGAGGCAAAACUGAAAGAUAAGGCCCUGAAGCAAAACUGGAAGAUGAGGAAUAUUUUCCCCCUUUAGACCACGCCCUUUAGAUUAGCUUGAAAUACAUUGCAGAAUAUUUUUUGCACUCAUUUUCUUGUUAUCGUCUAAAAUGUUUUAAGUGUGCCUUAAAAUGUUUUUAAGCACAACUUAAGAACAAUUUUUAGCACAACUUCAUUGCAGGGAAUGGGUGGUGUUUGCCAGGAAAUUUUU